GGCACACGUGCGGCCCCGCUGAACCAGGCCGCGCUGAGCCCGGUCGCGGUGAGCCCGGCCGCGGUCCGCCGACUCCGGUCAUGGGCCCUGCAGCAGGCUCGGUGACGGCGCGCUACCUCGUGUACUUCCAGUACUUGGGCACGGACUUUAACGGGGUCGCGGCCGUCAGAGGCUGCCAGCGCGCCGUCGGGGUCCAGAACUACCUGGAGGAGGCUGCAAAGCGGCUGAAUUCGGUGGUGCCGGUCAAAUUCACUAUCUCCAGCCGCACGGAUGCCGGGGUCCACGCCCUGUGCAACGCGGCUCACCUGGACGUCCAGCGCCGCUCAGGCCAGCCCCCCUUCUCCCCAGAGGUCCUGGCAGAGGCUCUCAACGCCCACCUGAAGCACCCGGCCAUCCGGAUAGUGCAGGCUUUCCGAGUACCCAGUGACUUCCAUGCCCGCCAUGCAGCCACAUCCAGGACCUACCUGUACCGCCUGGUCACAGGCUGCCACCGGCCUGACCAGCUGUCAGUGUUUGAACGAAACCGAUGCUGGGCACUGCGGGCAGGCUGCUUGGAUGUGGAUGCCAUGCGGGAAGCUGCCCAGCACCUCCUCGGGACACAUGACUUCAGUGCCUUCCAGUCAGCUGGCAGCCCAGCCACCAGCUCGGUGCGCACGCUGCGCCGAGCCUCCGUGUCCCCUGACCCAGGCAGCCCCUUUGUCCUUGCCCAGGAGAACAGGUUGCAAUUCUGGAACCUGGAGUUUGAGAGCCAGUCCUUCCUGUACAGACAGGUGCGGCGAAUGACAUCUGUGCUGGUGGCUGUGGGGCUGGGGGCUUUGAUGCCUGCUCAGGUGAAGGUGAUCCUGGAAAGCCGGGACCCCCUGGGCAGGCACCAGGCACGUGUGGCCCCAGCCCAUGGCUUAUUCCUCAAGUCAGUGCUAUACGGGAGCCUUGCAGGUGGGAAUCCAGCCUCUGUUCAGCGGGAAGGCAAGGAAACCUCAGGUUGGCCAAAAAAUCUCCAGCUGGAGACCAGCAAGCCAAAAACAGGAGGCCUGGAGUAAGUGUUUACCGCAUGGAAGCCACAGAUCACCCCCAGGUGCCCAGCUGAGGUCAGGGUGGCCAUGACACACACAGCCCUGCCGCUGGACCCUGCCCAGCUCUGCAUGCCACACAGGCCUCCUGCCUCCCGCCACCCCGGUCUGCUACCGGUGAACUGCAGGAAGAGGGUUUGCACGUCGAGAAGGGAACAGCCAUGCAGCCUUUGGUGCAGUUUUUACUGGAAAUUAAUACCUCAGGAGCAUCCACCCAUCUCUUGGGGGCUCAGGAAUAGAAAUAAAGGGUGAUCAAGUC